UAUAAUAUACAUUUAAUAUUAUAAUAUAUAAUUAUUUAUUUAUUAAAAAAUAUAUUAUUAAAAAUAAAAAAAUAUAACCAUAGAAAAUAUAAAAAUGCAAUAAGAAGUGAUGUAAAAAGAAUAAAUUGAAAUUAUUAUGGAAUUUAAAAAUUGCUAACGCAGAAUAUAUGCAAUGCGAUACUUUUAUGUAAUUCUAUGUAUAAUUUAUUUUAAAUAAUAAUAUUGAACUUAACAAUAUCAUAUCGAAUAAAAAAAUAUGCUCGAAUAGCUUUACUUAUUAGUGAUUAUUUAUUAAUGAUGAAAAAAGCUUACUUGAUCAACUAUUAAUUUUAUUACAAUAGAUUUGAAGAAAAGAUUAAAUACUAAUAAAUAAAAAAAUAAGAUGUCAUAAUAUAAUAUUCAUAUAUUGAUAUAUGAAUAAAAAUAUACAAAAAUAUUUUAUAUUAUUAUUUUUAUUUCAUAUAUUUAUUUCAUAUUUUUUAUGGUAUAAAAACAUUAUAUAAAAUAAUCAUAUUUUAUGUAAAAUAAAAAAAUAAAAAAUCAUAUAAAUAUUUGAAUUGCACAUAGGAAUAUCAUACAAAAAUUUAUUUGUAGAAAUUUAUAGGGAACAAUGUUUUCAAUUGAUGCUUUACCAAAUUUUGCUGUAAAUAAUAAUAUAAGCAAAGAAAUAUUAAAUAAAGAUAUCUUAUGGAAAAUAGAAAAUGAUUUUGAUAUUGAUGAGAAAAUAUCUAUUUUAUUUUUGAUGAUAACUGAUUAUAUGCAUAGUUUUAAAAUAAUUUAUGAUUUAUUAAAAAUACAUCAAGAAAAUAAAACUUAUAUACUUACAGAAUUUAUAAAUAAAUAUCCUCAGAAUUGGAAAAAUAAAUUAUUAGAAGCUAUAUGUAUUAUACAAAAUUUGCAAAUUAUACGAAAAUUAGGAUUAUCUUUUGAACAUUUAGAUUUAUUUUACUUACCAAAAAAUAGAUCAUUUUCUAGAUAUGUGAAUUUAACUGCAAAAUGUUUAUAUUUGUUAUGUGAAAGUCUUUCUGAAGAUAAAAUAAAAUUAUUAUUACAAUAUGUCAAAACUGAUAUCAUUGAAUAUAAAGUAAAUUUAAAAGAUUCAGAUUUUCUUGAAUUACAUAUGUUAUAUUGGAUGCAAGAAAAUUAUAUUUCAAUAAAUUUAGAUGGUACAGUAAAGCUUGAAAAUUUGUUGAAACAUUUAAAGAAAAUUGAAGAUUUAGAGUCCAUUUAUGAUGAUUUGAAAAACCAUGAAAAUCAUCGAGAUGUAUUAGAUAUUCAAGAUAUUAAUUCUGUUAAUACAUCUCAAUUACAAACAUUUUUUAUAAAAAAAGAUAAAAUUAUUUCAUCAAAUAAUGAAGAAAAUAUAAGAAAAAUAAAAAAAGGUUUAUGUAUUGUUAUAAAUCAAAUGUUUUUUAUGGGAGAAAAGUAUGAAAUCAGAUUUGGAACAGAAACUGAUUGCAUGAAAUUAUUAGAAACGUUUAAAGGUUUUAAUUUUAUUACUAAAGAAUUUAAUAAUUUAAAAAAAGAUGAAAUACUUAAAAUGUUAGAAGAUAUUCCAAAAAUUUUUGGUGUUGAUUAUGAUUGUAUUUUUGUAUGUAUCUUAAGUCAUGGAUAUGAAGGUGGUAUUAUUAGUGCAGAUGAAAAAGAAAUUAAAACUGAAGAAAUCGAGUAUAAAUUUUGCAGUAUAGAAUUAAAAGAUGUUAUUAAAAUAGUUAUUAUACAAGCUUGUCAAGGAAAAAUAAUAGGACAAAUAGAAGAUAGUUUAGUUACAGAUGGUUUUAUAAAUUGUAACAUUUCAAAAAAUAUUUUAUCAUACAGAAAUUUUUGUAUAUUCAUGUCAACUAUACAAGGUUUUGUAUCUGUGCGCCAUAAAGAAAAAGGAUCAUGGUUUAUACAAGAAUUUUGUAAUAUUUUACAAAGUGGAAAAAAUAAAAUUACAUUUUUGAAAGCUGUUUCAAAAACAAUUGAUUCGGUAGGGGAAAAAAAAGGAGUAUUAAAUGGAAUAAAUUCCGUUGCUCAAUUACCUGAAAUAAAGUCAUAUCGAUUAUCUUCCGAUUUUCAAUUUCCAGAGUACAAAGCAUAAAUAUAAAAAAAUAAAAAAUAAUAUUUUCAAUAUAAAAUGUAAUAAAGUGCAAUAACAUAUAUUUAACUAUAUAAAAUUUUUUUAUAUAGUUAAUAAAAAUUUUUACCAUCUAA